AUGGAACAACAGCGGUAUGAUGAUUGCACAACUUGCAAAUCUUCUUUGAGUUAUACCAUAAUGAAUGAAGACGUUUGUGACUCUCAAGCCGACUUUUCCACUCUCAACAAUGAAGUCACUACUACAAUGCAGCUGGCAGCCUUUGGUAAGCCACCUGUCGUCGACUUUGGGCAAGUUUUGGUUGGCUCCUGUCAUUAUAAGAAGCUUAUCAUUGAGAACACCUUUGAUACACCAGUUGAGGUUGUUGUGGAAAAAGUGCCUAGAAAGAAAAAUUUUCAAGUAGAACCAUUGUGCUUCAGCAUAAAAGAGUUUGAAAAAUUUGAACUUAUAAUUCUUUGGACUCCUUUAACAAAUGAGGGAGUUAGAGAAUUGGUGAUUCUGCAAGUCAAUGAAUCAAUAAGGCUUCAAUUUGUGUUGUUAGGUGUGGCUAUUCAGGGUAGUGUUAAAUCAUCAAAAAAGUCUAAAUUCCCAAACAUGAGAAACAAGUUAAUGAAAAAAACAAUAGAAUCUUCUUCGUGUGGCAACAUUUUCCAUAAUCUGUCAGAUGAUAAGGAGAACAAAAACCUGGAAAAUAUAGAUUCACAAUCAGCUCGUAAAUCUCGAAUUGAUAAAUUCAAAGAGGAACUCUUCUGCCUAAAAAACGAAGGUAACAAUGACAAUUUAGUCUCCAAGUUUGAUAAAAAGUUUCAAUCUAGAUCUCAGUACACUAUGGGCUACUUUAGGAAAGGAGAUGGUUGUAGCACAAAUGAAUGUAGUAUUGAUGGCUGUUGUAAUAAUGAGAUUCCUACAUCUAAAAGUACAGCUGAAAAUGUUGGAAAGAGUUUAGUAACCAUAUUUUCGAAAUUCAUUGAGAGAAGUAAAAAAAAUUUCGAUAAUUUACUUUUAGUAAAAAGGCUUGAGAUAUCAUAUUGGGAUAUUGCUAACAAGUCAACUCCAUCUAUAGAUAGUAAAAUGCAAUCAGAUAACGUGGAAAGGUGUGUGGCGUUGAAGACAGACAACAACAUCAACAUUGACAGAAGUAGAGCUGUUACCCAUGAGACGUCAGAUUGCAAUGAUGUUAAGAGUCCUUCUAGCUACUCUCCUGUUACUACUGCCAAAUCCAUAUCUCCUAUGAUUGGAGGAGGAAGAAGAAGAGGAAAUGAAGGGAGUUCAGAGAGGGUAAAGCCUGCCACGAGCCCACCAAUUCGCUAUGGAAAUUUUAAAUUAGUCAGUAACCCAAAGGUCACUACUAACCUAACUAACGUACGAUACGGUACUUACACGAAAUUGAACGAGGGAGAAGUUUAUAACUAUGACGAUGAGGAGAAUAAUGAUGAUGAUGAGUGCAGUGAACAGCAGAUAAAUAGUGUUGAUGGUGAAAAUUACGAUGAUGACAGCUUAGUUAAUCAAUUCGAUGCCUAUCAAUUUACUCAUAAAACUAUAGAAGAUAAUGAAGACAAUGUAGGCUGGAAAAGAACAAUAAAUCAAAUUCGUGAUAAAUUUAAGAAGACUAUAGUUGAUGAAAAUUCAUUUCUAGAGGAUAUUUCUACGAAUAUUGUAAAGGAAGCAGGAAAAAUGUAUCCUAAUUAUCAGCCGAUAAACCGUAAUAUCUACAAAGAUUCAUUACCCACAGCAAAGAAAGACAAAAAUUAUCCAUACCUUACUACACCGAAAUGUGGUAUGACAUCUAAGAACAACCAGUCUGCUACUGUUGGCAGUAAACUCUACAGAAUCUUAAAUGGUAGAGACGAGAGUAAGGAGAAUAAGAAUGUAAACUUGUUGGAAUCCAAUGUCGUCAGUGAUGUUGUUCCCAUCUAUAACAAUCUCUCAAUGAAAAAGAACAAACGGAGAUCAAGAAGUGAUGGCAAGAUGAGAUCUCCGACAAAGUUUCUUACUGGGUCUGCUGCUUUGGAAAUGUACAGUGCAUCCCCUAAAAGAUCAAAUGGAAUGACGAGAAAUAAGUAUGAUGCAGCGCUGAUGAAGUUAUCACCACUGAGACCGCAGAACAAGUUGUAUUCUAAUUUUAACAUAAGUAACAUCGGUGAACUAGGUAACUCAUUUGAAAGUUUGAAAAAACGAGGAAAUGAUGUGGAUGAUAAUCGAGGUAAAAGUCAUGAUGAUAGAAAUGAAACGAAUAACGAUACUUCGAAAAUGUUGGGCAGCCAACAUAUCUGUGAAAGCUUUGUAGAGGGUGGCAGAAGCCAACUUGAAAAGUAUGCAGGCUUUAGUGGUGAUUCACAACCGUUAACAUUAACAACAGCAGUGGCACGUGGCAAUCAGUUCAUUGGAAACGUUUUAACCUCGGUAAGGAGCCGCCAAAAACCAUGCCUCACAGUGAUGCAGAUAAAUAAUGAGCAGCUGAACAAUGACGGGAUCCUACUAACCAGCACUACUACAAACUCUACCCUCACUGCCGUCAACGACCCAUUAACGACGCACGAAUUUGGAUUUGAUGCAAAGAAAUGUAAUACCUGUAGCGUGGUUGUCGAUGAGGAACUUGAAAUGUCAGAGAAACUCGAGGGCCAAAUUGAUCUCGCUGUUGGUGCUAACAUCUCCAGACACAUCCAACAAUUAUUAAACCUGCAGCAGAAAGAGCAGCAACUGCAAAGUUACAUCAACAACAAAUACUGCCAACAAUUUGGUGAGAGUUUGCAUUCUACAGGAGUCGAUUUAAACGUUUUGGAUAGAUAUUUAAGACUGGCAUUGAGUCCAAACAAUCCUCAGAGAGCUGCAGUAUAUAAUAGGAAGACAAAUGAUACUGUUGUUGAUAGCUCUGUUUAUAAUUUUGAUACAGCUAUUGAUAACUUCACGAAAAAGAAUGAGACUCCAGUGAUAUGUGAUGAAAAUAAGGUAACUACACCUCGUAUGGACAGCAUCACAUGCAGUGACAUGACGUAUUCAUUUCACGGUUCUAAGUUGAGAGCCAAGUUGAAGAGAUUGACGGAGGAAGAAAUUUCCAAAGAUGCAUCAGUAAGUGCUGGUAGUACAAUGAACAACGUCAGUCAGUUGGAGUCAAUGAGUAAUUCAACCAGCCAGAAGCAAAAUGGAUUGGAUCAAAAAUUAUCGAGGUCACAAACAAAACAACUGAAGAAUAAUGAUAAGUUCGUAUCUCCAGAGAGUUGCUCAACAUCAACUAGUACAGCAGAACGCGUAUCCAAAGUCAACUCGGCUACUGUUACUAAGAAUAAGAAUGGGCCUACGAAAAAUAACCGUCUAUUAGUGGUCGAGUCUUGCAAGUCUUCGUCAUCAAAAAAGUGUCAGAGGUUCAGUGACGUUACAUCCGACCGUGGGAGCAAGAUGGAAGGGUGUGGUUCAGUGGUGUAUCAUUCGCCUGCUCAUCUCAAGAGUAGGAAGAAACUUUCGUUGAAUCAGAAUCAGAUUGAAGAAGCUACAAUGAAAACAAAUGGCAGUCCUGAUAAGCGAAAAUUGAUGGCUAACAAAGCUAUGACAACAUUGAAACUGAAGAAGCCGUCAAACAAAGAAGCACAACCUACGCCCAAAGUGUUGAUGCCCAACGCUUCAAAGAACAUGUACUACGACGAGAGGUGGAUGGAGAAACAAGAAAGAGGGUUCACGGUCUGGAUGAAUUACAUAUUGGCUCCAUUCGAAUUUGAUUUCAAAGCAGCAGAUUUUGGUAGUGUAUCGUUUGACAAGAUGAUGUUAUCAUCGUCAUCAGUCGCAACUUGUGGAGGGAAUAAUGUGCCUGCGUCCGUGAAACACUUUCUUGCAAAUUCUACUGCUUCUACGAGGUCUCCUAACAGAUUGUCAAAAGGUCAAGGACAAACAACGACCAAGUCAUCAAACUCGGCGGCUACAUCAAAAGAAAGCCUCUCCAACAAGAUCUACUCAACGGAGCGCAAGUUCAACAAGCUGAGGUUCGGAGCCUGCCGCCUCUACCAAUCAGAAGCCGUCGUGAAGGUCAUCGAAAGAGUCGAGCGAGAGGUGGAGAAUGGACGCCUGGCCAUCAGAUCCGAUCGACUGGUCCAUAUUGAUUUUGGACUGAAAAAAGAAAUUCUCCAGAUGAUCUUCUCAUACAACUUGCUAUGGUUGAAACUAGGACUUGAGACCAUCUACGGAGAGAUUCUUCCAGUUUCCUCUUCCUCCAGUUCCUGCGAAUCCGUCAUCACCAAGUUCCUACUCAAUCGUUUCUUCAUCAACUGCAACAUUGCAAACAAGUUUGCUCUGCCUGGCUUUAGGAAUCUUUAUAGCAAUGACUACCAAGUUGAGAUAUUUAAGUUCCUUCUGAAGAAGUUUCUAAUACUCGUGUACUUUCUUGAUGUGGCCAAAUCCCAGAAAUUAAUUGCCUACAACCCAUGCUUAUUCAGAUUCAAUGCUCCUUUCAAGACCAGUAGAGACAUCUUAUUGGCAUUCUCUCGCCUCUGCCUGAGAGGAGAAGGUGAUGUAACAAGACACCUGUAUUACAUCGGCUACGUGGUAACGAGUGAACAAUCACACUUGGACGAGUUCGACUACCACGUCAUUAAUCUGGCUACUGACCUUCGAGAUGGUCUCAGGUUGGCUCGUUUAGUAGAGGUACUGACACAAAAUUGGAGCCUGAGCAAAGAUCUAUGGGUGCCUGUAAUAACUCGACAGCAGAAGCUGCACAACGUCGAUGUCGUACUAACAGAACUGGUCAACAAACGAGUGGACCUGUCCAUUGGGCGUAGUCAAAACGUGAUAACUGCAAAGGAUAUAGUAAAUGGGCACAGGCAGAAGACAUUGCAGUUGUUGUGGAGAAUCAUUUUUUCAUUACACAUAAACGUUUCGAUAAAUCAAGCCGUGCUGAAGAAUGAAGUGAACAAGAUAUCGUACGAACUGCCCAAGCUACUCAAAGCAAAAGUUCAAUCUAAAUGUUUCUCAGUGCUCGAGUGCGUAAGAAAUGACAGAGAUUCAUUGGAACCAGACUUGUAUAGAAAUGAACCUACUCUGUCUUUGCUAUUUAAAUGGUGCCAAGUUAUAUGCCUGCUCUAUGGCAUGAAGGUAGAAAAUUUCACCACCUCAUUUUCUGACGGUCGUGCAUUCUGCUACCUAAUUCAUCACUAUUUCCCGCACAUCCUGCCUCUCUCACUGAUCAGGGCGAGAACCACUCUGGCUAUGAAGGGCUCUAUCAAUUGCAUGAACAUCAAUAGUUCAAUGGACUCUGAGUCGUCAGCUGCUGACUGGGCCAACAAAUUUGACUCUAAUUUGAAAUUGUUCGAGAAGAAUACAGAAGAGUUACAGCAGGCACUGGAAAAUGAGAAAGAAAAUUGUAGACUAUUCCAAGAGAAGGCUCUCGAGAUAGGUGGUCUACCAGUAAUGUUGAAAUCUUCUGACUUCUUCAACACCUUACCUGAUGAGAAAUUAGUGAUAAUUUACGUAUCUUUCCUUUGCUGUCGUCUGUUAGAAACGAGGACAGAGACCAGGGCCGCUCGCAUCAUUCAGUGUGCAUGGAGGAGGUACUACGGGAAGGUGCUGGCUCGUAAUCGGAAGAGAAGUUUGACUUCAAAUUAUGCUUCUGUCACCGCGCUUGAAUUAUCAGCUAUGGAUUAUGUUAAGCCCGAAAGUAAUGAUUGUAAAAUUGAAGGAACGAAAGAAAGUUCAGCAAAACACGAUUCCUUCUCCAGCAGUGUUAUGUCUCCCAGUUAUUCAAACCUUGUUGUUUCCAAGCACUAUUACCGACAACAUCAAAAGCGAGAGGAUGAAAAGUAUAAAAAUGUAAUUGACAUCAAUACCUGCGUGAAUGUCAGUCCUGACUUUGUUGAUAUUAGUUCGAAAUCUGAAAAAGAUUUAACAGUUUUUGAAAGUACAUGUUCAGUGUUUAACCAACAGAUGUCGGAAAAAGUGGACGUUGCUAUUAAAAGUAUUGAAGACAAGCCUUGUAGUACUCCUAACACUAAUAUUGAGGCUGCAUCCAACAGUAAUCCAACUUUGUUCGAGAGUAUGUGCUCGGUUUUCAAUCAGAAAUAUUUUCUACCUGAGAUUGUUAACGUAAGGCACGAUGCUAAACACUGCUGCCAAAAUAAUUACGCUAAAGUGAGGCACGUGAAACACCAUACUAAACACUGCCAACAUAAGGAUGAAGAGUCACCCAAUGAACCUGAUAUGAAUAAUGCCAGUUUGAGAUCGGGUAAAGAGGAGGAGAUGAUGUUUGAAAGUACGACUUCCUUUCUCGAUCAGCAGUCAUCCUCGUCAUCCAAGAAAGUCUGUUUCGACAAAAUGAUCGGCACAGAUGAUGUCAAUAGCGACCACCUUUCGAAGAAUGAUGCAGAUGUCUCUACAAUCGCUACGAAGCUUAGCAGUCUCUCGUCAAAGAAUUUCUUUAUAAGUGAACCUGUUAUGAUAAGAAGUCUUGACGUUAGCCAUGGUUCGAAGGCAGUCGAGUCAAACAGUUUGUCUCAAAGUUCGCAACGUAAAAAUUGUAGUAGAAAGAUAUUUGGUAAAGAUAAGGAGCACAAGUCGUCCUCAUCAUUCCAAGAUCAGGAUGAUGAACCAAUUAAGUUGAUUAAUAUAUGGAGAGUGACAUCGCCAGUUAUGAAACAAGCCAGCAGAUCAUGCGACAGAAACGUUCCAAAAUUAUUUGGCGAUCAGUUGAAUUGCAUGAGUGAAUGUAACGUCAGCGGCAAUAUGCAGCAGAGUUGUGAGGAAGUAAAUGAAAUGAAAAAUCGUGAUUUGACCGCAUAUCGUUGCAUGCAAAUUCAAAAUGAAUCGCAGAAUAUGAGGGAUGCAAUGGCUAACUACGACACGCAUUCAACCGUAACAUCAAUUGAUUUCGGAGAGCAGUCUUCAACAACGAACCGGUCUGAUGUUCUUUCUACUACGACAACUGAUACCAAGUUGGACACAAUGAUGAAGGAGCCCAUUUCAAUCAACAGUGAUGCCAACACCAGUCAGUGGAGCAACCCUAAUGAUACGUUGGUAUCUUCUGCCUCAAGUAACCUCGUCAUCAAAAAACCGCCGAAGCCCAGCAACAAAGAUGCAGAGAGGAGUAGCGAAAUUUACUCACCCUCCGAAACGACCAAAGUUCAGUUGUCUCAAUCUAAAUGCAUCGUCCCAGAAGUCGUGACUGUCGGUCGUAAAGCUGUCGAGGAUCGAAUUAAGCAGACCACUGUAAUAUCAAAAAAACUGGAUUACGAUAACGAAGUGGAAAGAUUUUUAGGGAUGGGUAUGACUUUUGAUGGCAACUUUAAACUUCUGACUCCAUCCAAAAUCAGGUUGUACAAAUCUCCGCUCCACACAGACAGUCACAAUGAGCAGAAUGCAGUGACGAACGAGGCAUUUUUUGAAGAGACUAAGGACGACGAUAACGUUGUUUCUCUUUACGAAACUGCCGAGGAGAGUGUGAAUGAUUCAUUUCUGGACUCAAAUAUUGCAGAAGGAACUAUGGGGUUUGAAAGAACUAUAAAUUUUGAAGAACAUGUUUCAGAUGAUAAAUCGAUACAAACUUUCAAUAAUAUACAUUUGUUGCGAUUCAAUAAAGGACAGAUGAUGAGAGACGAAGCCAAAAAAUUAAUCCCAGAUAAUGGCGAUGGUAAGAGCGAGGAUAAGAUCACGUUAAUGUUUAAACGUUGCAAGAAAGACCAUCCGCUCAGAAUCGUGAAGACCAACUCAAACGUCUUACAAUCCGAAGAUGAUAACGUAAAUUUUUUUGUGGCGGAUGGUAUACAAAGGCCAUCUGUUGAAGAUAAUCACGCUAGCAAUCAAUUCGCAACAAGUGCAAGCGAACAGAAUUUAAUUACAAAAGAUUCGCCAGUCUCUGGCGAUAAAAAAUUGGUUCCACUUGAGUCUUCAUUCUGUGAAAAGCAAAGUAGCUCACUAAUUUCUGAUGUGAAUCGUGAGACAUCACAGGACACCUCAGAUAAUGUUCAAUCUAUCAAAGCUGCUGAUGAACAUAAAAUGGUGGAAGAUGAGGUAUCUGAUUUAUCGAGUAAUAAUGUGGUGCAAAAUUCUGGAGAUGAUGACACUCUUCGUGACAAGGGAGAUGGCGAGGAAGCUGUUUACGAAUUAACUGAAGUGACAUCAUCUGAGGAGUCAUCCAUAGUUGAAGUUAACAGUGUGAAUGUUGAGGAGCGAUACGAUCUCGUUGAAUGUCAAAAUGUUUACCCAGUAACGAAAUAUGUUGACGUGUAUGAAGACGACACCGAAGUUGAAUAUGGCGUUGCAAUUCAUCAUGUCAUCUAUGGGAUAGGUGAGGAGAAAUAUUGUUUGAGUGGUGAUGAUUUGGAUAAUUCAUUUGAAACCGUCACAAAAAGUCAAGUUGAAGCGAGAUUUGAUGACGUUAAAACAUCAAAGGAUUUCAAAAACGACCCGCUUUCUGAUUCAUUGGCUGUAGAGAUGGAGAUGGGUGAUAAGAAAGCAGAUACAAAAGAAGCCGAUGCAACGAUUGUGAAUGCCGCUGGUGGAAAUUGGAAAGUAUCGGAUGUUGUGGCGACAGGUGUGAAUGCUUUUACAUGUGAAUGCCCAUCCAUGAUUUCCGCCGCUAAUGCAGCUAACUUCGUUGAUAGCACUUCAUUCGUGGAUGACCACUACGCUGGUGGGAGGGAGGUUAUGGAAGACGUAACAGCAUUAUCCAGUGCACUGAGUAGCUCUGUUGCCAGUGAUGACAAGAGUUACGGCACGGAACCAACAGUUCUGGAGGUGAUUGUUAAGCGUGAUUCCAAGAGGCUGUCCAAUGAUUUCAUUUCAUGUUCUGAAUGUAAACUGGAGACGACGGUGCAAACUGAGAUGAGUACCAGCAUCGCUCAGGCAACUGUAGUUGAUGUUCCCGUUAAUGAAGAAGUUAUAACGACCGUGGAUAUCAAUCCGUAUUAUGGGAUUGAUAAUCUAGAUGGGAAUCAUCCUUUCAAUAGGCUGGAGUUUUGCGCACAGUUGGCUAGGAAGGAUGUUGAAGUUGCAGAUGUUAACGAGGAGUUGAAUGCUCAAGUUGAACCAUCUUCUCCCCUCCAGAUAAACUCAUAUAAGUUUGUUACUGCGUGUAAAGAACAAGAAAUAAGCAAUGAUAAAUCUUUAACUUUAGUCCCACUAACAUUUCAUUCCUUGAACAACUUAUCAUUCAGUUCUUACAACUCCACUCCAGAGCUUUCCUCUUCCUCCUCUCACUCCCACCUCCACAUUAUCUCGCAAAUCUCAAACUGCAUCAAGACAUCAGAGGCUCCCAGACAGUUCAAAUUCUUCGGUAAAACUUUUCUCGAAUCGGAAAAUAAAGGAGAGAAAUCCGUACUGGAUUUAAAGAUUUUAAAGUUGAACUUGAAUAAGUUUUACAACUCGAUGCAGGAGUGGUGGAAAUACAGGAUGAUCAGUAGAACGGUCAGCAAGAAGGACGCAAGAUUGAAGAUACACGCCACAGCCGCUUAUUUGACCGCCAAACGUCGAUACCUGGGCCUGAUUAAUCACACGGCAAUGCGUGCUCUUAAGUGCAAGGAAGACUGCAAUGAUAAUAAUGAUAACAAUACAAAAAUUGGCGACGUAAUGAUGUGUGAUUUCGUUAAUUUUUUGCCAUUUAACUAUAGAAGAAGAUUAAAUAGAAGUUAUUUAAAUCUGGAUAGUGAUAGAGAUGUUGAUAACAGCAAUAGUAAUAAUAAUUGUUCGAGACAUGCUCAGCUCCAACGUAAAAGGAAGCUGAAGAGAUUGCAUAAUUACAAGUUUACAGUCAAUAAAAUUUUCAUGAAAAAUUUUCAGAAGAGAAAGCUGUCAGAGAGAAAGUUCAGUGAUUACUUCUUAUUGAUGGGUUCACGUUCGACUCUUGAGAAGGAAAUUGCUAUGAAGCAUCGUAACAAGUGUAUGGUGGCAGAGAAUGAUGAUCAGUUGGAGUUUAAUAAAGCUGAAGACGUACUUUCACUUGAAGAUGAUGCCAUGAUCGAUGAACAAUAUCCGGCCGGCACUCACAUCAGCAGCAACACCUGUGUGCCUGAAGAUGCCAAUCACUCGAAGGACUUGAUAUACCAGGAUACAGCAGCAGCCAUGCAGUCGGCCUGCGAGGAGGAGUACGAGUGUCAGGGGGAGGAGGAGAAGGGCAACUCGCCCAUCAGUAGGACCAAGUCCGCCUUGAAUCACCUGCUCAAGUGCAAGAAACUCUCUCACGUCCUCGCUGCUCUCAUGUACAUCAACGAUAAAACGAGAGAGUCGAUGGAGUUUUGUGAGUGCAUGGUGGAGUGCAACACAGUGUGGAUCAUGGUACAGAUCAUAAGAAGCUGCAAUCGCAGUGUGCCUCAUAUCGAGCUCAUUAAAAAUUCCGUCAACAUUCUCCUCAAUUUCGCUAAGCACUCGACGACAUCGAAGCAUCUGUCCGAGAAUGAACAGCUGAUCGAGACGACAGUUGAGCUCAUGCAGACCUACCAGAACAAAAAUAAGGACAUAUUCAUUAGCGCAUGUUUGCUGUUGGCCAGCAUGGCCUCAAGGAAUGAACAGUAUAGAAAUAUGAUUGUCAGGAGAGCGAAGGUUGUAGACAAACUGCAAUCCAUCCACGCCUCUAUCCUGAGAAAGCAUCAGAUAGAGAAGAGGCAGCAGAAGGCCAAACAACUCACCAAGCCUACUCCAUCGACGCCAUCUUCCAAAAGAGCUGUGGCGGCAAAAGUCUUACCUGAUUGGUUGCAGCAGCAGCAGCAGUUUCAUAUAUUUGAAGAUGGCCUGCAGGCAGUUGUUUUUCUUCUAAAACAGCUCAAUGUUAAAAUUUAAUUCGCUGCUGAUUUGUUGAAAGAUUGAUUGGUUAGUUGAAAGAUUGAUUGAUUGCUCCAUUAAAUGACUUUGUAUGCAGACGAUAAUACAUAAACACAUACUUAGAUAUAAACACACAAACAAACACGUACACAUACACAAAUAAAUACAUAUCGUAAUAUAAAAGGUAUGUGAAUAACGAGUUUUUUGUCGUGCUUUAUAGUGUGAUUUUAGUUACUCUUGUUGUCAUAAUAACCCGUGAUUAUAUAUAUAUAUAUAUAUCUACACACGCACAUAUAUAUAUAUAUAUACGCAUAUAUAUAUAUAUAUAUAUAUAUAUGCUGUGGUGUUCAUUUUAUUUCUCCAUAUUAUUUUUACUAAAAAACAUUCCUUCGUAUUAAAUAAAACGAGUUAGUUAUAUGUGUGACUGUAACAAAAUCAUUGAGCAUGUAUGUUAAAGUGAUGAGAAUAAAUUUAUUAACAGUUCAAUUUUUUCUGCAUAAAAAUCUAAAGUUGAGGACACAUGUAAACUUAUAUAUAUAUAUAUAUAUAUUAUAUAUAUAUAUAUAUAUUAUAUAUAUGGCCCUUUACUUUACGAAUGAACAACAUCGAAAUGCUUUAGACUUUAUUUGUUUAUUAAAAAAACUUCUU